CGGUUCGGUGCGGACUCGGCGACAAUUUCGCGCGCGCUUACGGUGGAUACUUCUUGUUCGAUCGUUUCCGGUGGCACGCGACGCAGUUGACCGUUUUGGUGUUAUCCAGUCAGAUCCAUUGAAAAUCUGUUAUUAGUCUGCCGCGAUAAUUGUGGAAUAUUACUACAAAGCAUACACGUUGUAUCUAUUUAAAUGAGUGUUGAAGUGUGCUCUAGUUCCUUCUGGUGUAAUCUAUAAUUAAAGUAAAAAUCUUAUAAGACAACGAUAGCAGUGCGGCAAGGAUAGUGAUUGUAAAACAAAACUUUGCUCGUAAAAAGUUUUCUUUAUCGGUUGCGACAAUCUGCAACGUUUGUAGCAAGCAGUUCUUAAGCUCUAGAAGAUUAAAGAUUAAAAACCAAAAAUUUGUUUACUUGCGUCUGUUGAAAAAGGAUUACAUCGGAGAUAUGGCGAAAUCGUUUUUGAAGUACUUGACCCACUACCGGAACAACGACAAGAACAUGGCAGAUCAGACCACCGGCCGGCAGCUGCAGCGGAUUCUGCACUACUCAGUGACCCCCUGCCGGCCCCUCCUCGGGCUCCGGCGCAACGAAUGUGCAUUAUAUGACGUCGACUGUGAUGAAGUUUACCCUAGGCUGUACAUUGGCGAUGUAGAAUCAGCCAGAAACAAGCAGUAUUUACGAUUGAUCGGAAUCACACACGUGCUAAACACGGCCGAAGGAACGCGCUUUGGUCAGGUGGACACGGGUCACAGCUAUUAUCGGGACAUGUCCGGUGUAAGUUGCACUUUCAGGUACAUGGGCUUCCCAUUGGUUGACCAGCCAUCGACGGACAUCAGCCGGUACUUCUACAUCGCGUCCAAGUUCAUCGAGAAUGGAAUCAACAGUGGAGGCAAAGUCCUCGUCCACUGCAUGAUGGGCAUGUCGCGUUCGGCGACCUGCGUCCUGGCCUACCUGAUGAUUGCCCGCAAGAUGUCCGCCGCCGAAGCGAUCCGAACGGUGCGAAUGCAUCGCGACAUCCGGCCUAACGAGGGCUUCCUGCAGCAGCUAGCCGAUCUGGACAACGAGCUGAAACGGGACCGACUGUAUUAUUGACUCGAGUGUGGCCAACGCUUCCGGAGGAAAUAGCGGUCCCGAACCAAUUGAAUCCCUUCAUACCCGGUUCGUUUCCUCCGUGGCGUCAGGGUUUUAUUUUUGACAAGCAUCACAUAAUCUCUUUCCACCUCAUCAUUGACAAGUCAUUAAUCGCAUAAAGAUAAUAAUAUGUAUUCAUUCAUAUGCUGGGUGGAUGCGCUGGAUGAGAAAUGAGUUGGCUUUCCUGAGAAAGUAGAUUCGAGCUAGAUUUAUGAGAUUUUUCUACGACUUAGCAGAAGAGAUUGUUACUAUAUGUAGAGGUAUGUAGACAGAGAGGCUUAUAAGUUUUUUCGUUCGAUGUCAGGAUUGUAGAGAAGGAACAUGGAAUGAUCUCAGAUUCAUACAUCACAAAACCAAAAAAACGAAAGCAGAUUCACAACAUAUAUUUAUAUACAUAUUCUGAUUUUUUGUUUCACUGAAAUUCACUGUCUCACAGUUGGUAAGGGAAAAUCUGAAAGUAAAUCACCGGAAAAAAAAGAAAUUCAAACAGUACACAUGAAUCACAUAGACACCGGGGAAACCCUCACCAUUGUUAGGAUGGUAGGAUUUUAUUGAUCAUAGAAGAAACCAAGCUAAAGCGACAUUGUACCACACAUACAGCAAUAUAUAUAUAUACCAUCUGCUAUCUGUCAUACCUGCCCCCAUCUCCCCGCUACUAUGACAUUCACUCGCGUAUUUACAAUUGACACUGGAACGGAUAGUAAAACUCCCGAAUACGAAUCUUCCGACAUACAUGCAGAAUGCCAGAAUCGAGUCGAGAACAGCCAAAGAACAGGAAACGGAAAAGUUGUUGAACACUGAGGGAGCACAUAAUCAAAUGAACCUAGAAGGAUGUGAUUGCGAUGGUUUUUAUGGGUUUGAGCGAUUUGUUGUUUAGUCGGAUUUUUAGGAAUCAGAGUCGUAAAAAACUGCUAGAAAGUUAUCGAAAGAAAUACGUUUUGAAUCGUAGCACACCAAUAUAUAUUAUAUACAAUACAAAAUACACACAGAGAACACAAACCAAUAUUACCCAAGUGAGAGUUUAAGCAAAAGAGCAACAACAACAAAACACAAUGGGAGGUUUUAGAAAUGAUAAGCGAAAGUUUCAAGAAAUCAGAAAAGAAAGCAAAUAUAUAUUAUAAAAGAGCAAAAACAGAGAAUACAUUAACAAUUUUAUUAGAUCGAAUAAACAUUAUAUAAAAAAACAGAAAUACAAACAAUUAACAUGGAUAGCAUGAUGAAUAAAGUAUAACUUAAAUUGAGUAAUCUUUCAA